AUGGACUCGAGCUGGCAGCGAAAAGCUAAAGACACUUUUGCUGGAUUUGUCGGCGGUGCAGUUCAGGUACUGGUCGGACAGCCAUUCGACCUUGUCAAGGUCAGAAUGCAGACUGGGCAGUACAAAACCAUCGCGGAGACGGUGACGCAAACUCUAGCGAAAGAGGGCCCCGCUGCAUUCUACAAAGGCACCACUGCGCCGUUAUUUGGAGUCGGUGCCUGCGUGUCGAUCCAAUUUUACACUUUCCAUGAAACUAAACGUCAAAUUGCAAACUACACAAAAGCCGAUCUCACUCCCUCACAGUUUUAUCUGGCAGGUGCCACGGCCGGUGUCGCCAACUCUGUGGUCACGACCCCCAUUGAGCAUGUGCGAAUUCUGAUGCAAACACAGAAAGAUAGCACUUUCAAGGGACCGUUCGAUGCGGCAAGGAAAGUUUCCGCGCAGUACGGGUGGAGAGCGGUCUACAGAGGGUUCUCAGUCACUACUCUUAGAGAAAUUCAAGCUUAUGGAACAUGGUUUAUGACUUUCGAGUAUCUUAUUUCUACACAAACACGCCAAGGUAUAAAACGAGACGAUAUCCCUACCUGGAAGCUAAUGAGCUUUGGUGCUUUGGCUGGCGAAGCGCUUUGGCUGGCCUCUUAUCCGCUGGAUGUGGUGAAAUCUCAGUUCCAGGGAGACAAAUUCGGACCAGCGGCAAGAUAUAAGGGUGCAAUUGAUGCGGCCAGACAGACCUGGAAAACGUUAGGAUUUCGAGGGUUCUGGGUAGGCCUUGUUCCAACGCUGUUGAGAGCACUACCCGCUUCGGCCUGUACUUUUGCAUCGGUUGAACUCACACUCCGUUUCUUAGGCUGA